AACCACGCUGCACUUGAACUGAAUCCCCAGUUCGUAUUGACCGUAGACCUUGACUGGCGAUAGCAAGUGUGACAAACUUUCGCAAUGCCUCGAGUCUACCGCACGGCAUGUGCCUUGCUGCUUCUGUAUCCGGUGUGCUCCAUACUAGGACAAAGUCUUCGCAGCCUCACGGCAACUGAGUGGUGGCAGAAAUCCGGGUUCUACCAAAUCUAUCCACGAUCCUUCAAGGAUAGCAACGGCGAUGGGAUCGGUGACCUGAACGGCAUCACUCAGAAGUUGCCGUAUUUGCAAUCGCUGGGAGUUAAGGCUUUCUGGCUAUCGCCGAUCUACAAGAGUCCUAUGGCGGACUUUGGAUACGACAUUGCCGACUUUCGCGAUAUACAACCGGAGUAUGGAACGCUGAAGGACUUUGAAGCUCUGGUGACGGAAGCCAAGCGACUGGGGUUGAAGGUUAUAUUGGACUUUGUUCCGAACCACUCGAGUGAUGAGCACGAAUGGUUCGUGAAGAGUGAAAAUCGCGUGGCUGGAUAUGAGGAUUACUAUGUGUGGCACGAUGGAAUCCCAGGAAGCAACCUUGAUCAGAACGAUCCACCGAAUAAUUGGGUGGAAAACUUCUAUGGGAGUGCUUGGAAAUGGAGUGAAAAGCGAAGACAAUACUAUCUGCACCAGUUUCACUACAAGCAGCCAGAUCUCAAUUACCGUAAUCCGAAUGUCGUCGAAGAAAUGAAGAAUAUUCUUCGCUUCUGGUUGGAUAAGGGGGUCGAUGGUUUUCGCAUAGAUGCCGUCAAUUGGCUGUUUGAAGACAGUAACUUUCAAGAUGAGCCUGUAUCCGGGAGCUCCAACGAUCCACUACUAUACGAGUACUUGAACCACAUUUACACACAGGAUCUACCGGAAACUGUAGAUAUGGUGUAUCAGUGGCGUGCCGUUAUGGACGAGUACAAGCUGCAACACGGUGGAGAUACGAGAGUUAUUAUGACGGAAGCGUGGACCGACCUUUCGACACUGAAGACCUAUUUCCAAGAUGAGAAUGGCCGACAAGGCUCCCAAAUGCCGUUCAAUUUCCAGUUAAUUCUUCGGCUGGAUAGUACAAAAAAUAAAGCGUCAGAUUUUAAAAUGGUAAUUGAUUCCUGGCUCGACACUGUUCCCAACGAACACACUCCGAACUGGGUGCUAGGGAACCACGAUAGAAGACGAGUGGCCUCCCGUAUGGGAGGCGAGCACAUGGCAGACAUCAUGGAAAUGGUUCAGCUCUCUAUUCCAGGGGUGUCCGUAACCUAUCAGGGGGAGGAAAUCGGUAUGACAGACUAUGAACUGACUUGGGCUGAAACCGUAGAUCCUGCGGCAUGUCUGCGUCCGCAAGAAAUCUUCCAACAGUACACCAGAGACCCAGCUCGCACCCCGUUCCAGUGGGACAAUUCCAGUAACGCAGGUUUCACGAACUACUCUAAACCGUGGCUCCCGGUUUCGCCAUCGUACACUACAGUAAAUGUCGAAGUCGAAGAACAGGCUAGCUGGAGUCACUUGAAAGUGUUCAAAGCUCUGAUGCAACUGCGAGAGUCGGAUGACUUCCACAACUGUCACUACCAGACGGCAGUUCUGGGAAACAACGUGUUUGCAAUUUUGAGAUCAGGACCAGACCUGGGGAAAUCGGAAGUUUUCGUAACGGUUGUGAACCUGUCGAACUCUACAUCAACGGUCAAUCUAGCGGACUUGCUCGCUCAGUACAAAACGCUUUCGCAGGAUAAACUAGCAGUGGCAGUGCAGAGCGUUUCGUCUAAACGAAUCAAAGGAGACAAAAUAGCUUCCAACGAUGUCGUGUUACAACCUUAUGAAGGAUUAGUUUUACGCAGUAUAUCUUCUGGAAUUUUUGCUAAAUUCUAUCUAAUUAUUUUUUCAGUGAUAAUAACUAUAACAGCAGGGAUUAUGUAGGUGCAUGAAAAUAUCCAAACAAAAAAAAAAUCUAAAAUAUUAAAAGUUAA